AUGUCAGCUGAAGGAACGAAACCAAGUGUUGAGGAAUCAUCAUCAUCAUCAAUUCCAAAACCGCCAACUUCAAAUGUAUUUUCUAUGUUUGGAGCCAAGAAGGAAAAGAAGGAAGAGCCACAACAAGAAGCGGCAACUGACUCCAAAAAGGAAGAAUCAAAAUCAGAGGAGAACAAGAAAGAAGCAAGCGCCACUACUACUGCUGCUACUGCUACUGCUGAUGACGAUGAAGCAGCUGCUGAAGAAGAAGAAGCUGAUGUUGAGUUUACUCCCGUGAUCCACUUGGACAAGAAAGUUGAAGUCAAGACCAACGAAGAAGACGAAGAUGUAGUAUACAAAGUGCGUGCCAAGCUUUUCCGUUUCCACGCUGACACCAAGGAAUGGAAAGAAAGAGGAACUGGUGAUGUGAAAUUUCUCAAGCACAAGACAACGGGCAAAACUCGUAUUGUUAUGAGAAGAGACAAGACUUUGAAAAUUUGUGCCAAUCACUUGAUUCAACCAGAUUAUGAGUUGAAACCAAAUAUCGGAUCCGAUAGAUCUUGGGUCUAUACUGUUACUGCUGAUGUUUCUGAAGGUGAACCCGAGGCACAAACUCUAGCUAUUAGAUUUGGUAAUAAGGAAAAUGCUGAUUUAUUCAAGGAACAUUUUGAAAAAGCUCAAGCCGAGAAUAAAGAAGCUAAGAACUAA